GCAGAAAGAAAAAAAAAACCAGAGGGUUAAAAAAUCUCUUUACCCAUGGUUCACAACACCAAAAGAGAAAUAGCAAUGGAUACUAUGACAGAUUAUUCAGACGAAUGUCCCAUAAAACAAGUUGAAGUAACCGUACCGAAAACCGACGAUCCAACUGUACCGGUCUACACGUUCAGAAUGUGGUUUCUUGGAAUCACAGCCUGUCUUCUGCUGUCGUUCGUGAACCAGUUUUUUUGGUACAGGAGCGAGCCGCUUGUGAUCGGUUCGAUUUCGGCCCAGAUUGCUGUGGUGCCUUUGGGGCAUCUUAUGGCUAGAAUUUUGACCAAAAGGGUUUUCUUGCAGGGUACGAGGUUCGAGUUUAGUUUGAAUCCGGGCCCGUUUAAUAUGAAGGAGCAUGUUAUGAUUACCAUGCUUGCUAAUGCCGGUGCCGGCAGUGUUUAUGCUACUCAUAUUUUGAGUGCUGUUAAGCUUUAUUACAAGAAAAGCUUCGGUUUUUUGCCCGCCUUUAUUGUUAUGAUGACAUCUCAGCUCCUAGGAUAUGGUUGGGCCGGAAUUUUCCGUAAACAUCUGGUCGAACCAGCAGAGAUGUGGUGGCCUAGUAAUUUGGUCCAGGUGUCACUAUUCAGGGCUUUACACGAAAAAGAAACGAGACCAAAGGGAGGAACGAGCCGAACGCAGUUUUUCCUCAUAGCCUUGGUUUGCAGCUUUGCAUACUACAUUUUCCCAGGUUACAUCUUCCAAAUGCUGACAUCACUUUCUUGGAUAUGUUGGCUAGCCCCAAAAUCUGUCUUAGUACAACAACUAGGUUCUGGUCUACAAGGUUUAGGAAUCGGGUCAAUUGGAUUAGAUUGGUCGACUAUUUCGUCUUAUCUCGGCAGCCCACUUGCAAGCCCGUGGUUUGCUUCUGCAAAUGCCGCGGUCGGUUUUUUCCUCAUGAUGUAUGUGAUUGUACCGUUGGGUUAUUGGCUCAACAUUUAUAAUGCCAAGAAUUUCCCUAUCUAUUCUUCGAAUCUUUUCCAAUUCGACGGCUCCAAGUACAAUACAACGGCUAUUAUUAAUUCGAAUUUCAAUCUUGAUAAGGCGGCUUAUAAUGAAUCGGGUCCGUUGUAUCUUAGCACCCUGUUUGCCUUUACUUAUGGCCUUGGGUUCGCUACACUUUCCGCUACCUUAGUCCAUGUUUUACUCUUCAAUGGAAGGGAUUUGUGGAGACAGACAAAAUCGGUGUUUAAACCGAACACGAAAAUGGAUGUACACACUAGGCUAAUGAAAGCAUACAAACAAGUUCCUAUGUGGUGGUUUUUAAUUAUACUCGUGAUUAAUAUUGCGGUUAUUCUUUUCGCUUGCAUGCAUUAUGAAAGCGCGCUACAGUUGCCUUGGUGGGGUGUUUUGCUCUCUUGUGCUAUUGCACUUAUUUACACACUUCCUAUUGGUAUAAUUGUUGCCACUACAAACCAGCAACCAGGUUUAAAUAUAAUCACGGAGUACAUUAUCGGAUACGUGUACCCUGGUCGGCCGGUUGCUAACAUGUGCUUCAAGGUUUACGGAUACAUUAGCAUGACUCAAGCUCUCACUUUUAUAUCCGAUUUCAAGCUUGGCCACUACAUGAAAAUCCCACCUAGAGCUAUGUUCUGUGUACAGUUGGUAGGAACUUUUAUAUCGGUGAUCAUAUACUCACUAACUGCAUGGUGGCUAAUGGAUUCAAUCCCGCACCUCUGCGACACGUCACUGCUGCCCCCGGGCAGCCCAUGGACCUGCCCGAUGGACCAUGUCUUCUACGACGCAUCGGUCAUAUGGGGCCUAGUGGGGCCCCAGAGAAUCUUCGGGAAUCUAGGAAUAUACCCGGCGGUCAACUGGUUCUUCCUCGGUGGGGCCAUCGCCCCCAUACUGGUGUGGCUUGCAUCGAAAGCUUUCCCGAACCAGAGAUGGAUCGGACUAAUCCACUUGCCGGUUUUGCUGGGGGCCACCGCCAUGAUGCCCCCAGCUUCGGCGGUGAACUUCACGAGCUGGCUGACAAUGGCGUUUUUGUUCGGGUUUGUGGUGUAUAGGUACAGGCCGGAGUGGUGGGAGAGGUAUAACUAUAUACUGUCGGGUGGGUUGGAUGCGGGUACAGCGUUCGUUACGGUGUUGAUCUUUUUCGCUCUGCAGUCGAGAGAUGUCGGGAUUGAUUGGUGGGGGAAUAAUGUUGAUGGUUGCCCUCUUGCUUCUUGCCCUACUGCUAAAGGGAUUGUGGUUCCUGGUUGUCCUGUUGUUAACUAGUUCAUCUCUUUUUUUUUUUUUUUUUUUUUAAUUAGGAUUAUGUUUAUAUAUAUUUAAUUUAAUUUGGGUUUACUAUGCUAUUUUGAAAUGAAUUAUGCUUUCGGCUCUUUGAAUGGUCAUCAAUAGAUAAUUAAUUAAUUAAGAAAGAAAGAAAACACUAAACAGCACAAUUAAUUAACAAUUUAACAGUGAAUCGGGCCCCAUUAGUGAUUCGAAAUUUGAUUUAGUACUUUUGAAUUGGUUUGG